AUGGGCUCGCAUGCAGAUGAGGCCCUGCAGCAGCAGGCUGAGGACGCUGAGCUGGAGCUGCUGCGGGAGCAGCAAGAUCUGCUGCGGCGGAUUCUGCAGCAGCAGCAGCAGCAGCAAGAAGCCCAGCAGCAGAAGCAACAGCAGCAGCAGGGAGACCAGCAGCAGCAGCUGGACCCAAACGAGCAGCAGCAGCAAAUCGUCUCCUCAGCAGGAGCCCUCCAGUGCGUGCUGCCAGCCUCCACGCGCUGGCACUGCAGCAGCAGCUGCAGCAGCAGCCCCUUAACAGGGGACUGCCUCUUAGUAACAAAGUCUCUGCUGCUGCUGCUGCAGCUGCGCUCUGGCUCUCCGCUGUCGCUGCUGGACUGCGGCACCAAGGCCAAGCCUCUGGCAGUCUCAUGGGCUUUAACGGCAGCAGCAGCUGCUGCUGCUGCUAGCCCAGCCACCAGCAGCAGCAGCAACAGCAGCAGCAGCAGCAGCAGCGGGAUACGGCAAAAGAAGGUCUGCCCCACGUUUGAGAUCCUAGGCUCUCUCUUCUUCAGCGCCCAUGGAGACCGCACGGUGCGGCUGUGGCGGCUGCAGCAGCAGCAAAUCGAGCUGCUGCAAGUCAGCUGUCAGCAGCAGCAACAGCAGCAGCAGCAGCAGCAGCGUAUAUCUGGGCAGAUGCCCCGUGCUGCUGCAGUCUCGUCGCACCGGCAGCACGUGGGGGACCCUGAGGCAUUGGCAGCUUGCUGCGGGUGUCUGCAGCCUGCCUGCUGCACCCCCGCAGCAGCAGCAGCAGCAACAACAGCAGCAGCAGAGAGCCGCCUGUGGCUGCUGUGCGUGAGUGGAGACGCAAAAGGCAAAAUUGUCAUUUGGAAGCAAGAGGGGCCCCCGUCUUCCUUCAGGGGCCUCCAGGGGGCCCCCAAGCCGCAUGCAGAAGCAGCAGCAAUGCAGCCGCUGCAGGAAAAGAUAGUGGAGUUGGCGCUGCUGUGGGCACGAGGCAGCUGCUGCAGCAGCAGCGGCAGCUGCUGCGCUGCCCGCCCUCCCUGGCUGUGUCGCGCGGCCUACCCUGCUGCUGCUCCCGCUGCUGCUGCUGCGGCUGCUGCUGCUGCACCGUCUCCCAGCAGCAAAGAACCCAUGGGCAGCUGUGCAGAAACAGCGCAGCUAGCAGCAGCAGCAGCAAACCCUACGCACUCCCCGGAAGCGCCAGAAGCAGCAGCAGCAGCAGCAGCAGAUCCUGUUGCUGCUGCUCCCCACCUCCUCAUCCUUACAACCAGCUUGGACCGCCACCUUGUCUUGUCUGCUCUGCCGCUGUCUCCCGAUGCUGCAGCUGGGCGAGGUCGGGGGGACGCAGCUGCAGCUGCUGCUGCAGCAAACGAGGCCCCUGCAGAAGAGGCAGCAGCUGCAGCAGCAGCAGCAACUGCCGCAGAUGGGGAGCCUGCUGCUGCAGUCCCCGGCAGCAGCCCUGCUGCUGCGAAGUCCGACUUGCCUCCUGCGGCAGCAUCGCCAGCGGAAGCCUCUUCUCCCGAGUCUGGGUCAGCAGCAGCAGCAGCAGCAGCUGCUGCUGCUGCUGCUGCAGACUCGGAAGAAGAGGCAGCCGCUGGCGAUGCUGCCGCAGGAGCCGCCGCCGCAGCUGCUGCUGCUGCUGCUGCUGCUGCUGCUGCUGCUAACGCCCCACAGAAGGCAAGCCUAAUGUGGAGGCUGGGCUGCUUAGGCGGCUGGGUCCAGUCACUGUCUUCUUCUCUUGUUUAUCCUUCUCGAGUUUCUGUUGCUUGUGGAGAUGCAACAAUUCGUGCUGCUGAUAUAUCUUCUGCUGGGGGUGCACAGCUGCAGCAGCUGCUGCCGCUGCAGCCGCUGCUGCCCAUGGUAGAGCCUGAGGUUUACUUGCUGCCACCAGCGGUUGCUGCUGCUUCGGCUGCUGCGCAGCAGCAGCAGCUGCAGCCAGCGCUGCCCUUCCCGGCUGCCCUGCCACCCCUGCCGCCUCAAAACGAACAACAGCAACAGCAGCAGCAGCAGCAGCAGCAGCAGCAGCAGAAGCCGCUGCAGCGGUCCCCCCUUGAGCUUCUCAGCUGCUGCAAACCCUUCUCUUCUGCUUUGUACUGGAGAGAUCUGCAGGCAGCAGUAGCUGCGGUGUCUGUACACCCGCGCUGGCCGGGCCUUGUGGCCUUCGGGCUGGGGGACGGCCAUUUCGGUUUGCUGCAGCAGGAGACUUCUGAGGGCUGGCAGCAGCAGCAGCAGCAGCGCGCUGUCACUCUCCUCUCCACCAGACAGGCCCUAGUUGCCCCCACUACUGAGCUCUGCUGGCUGCGGCUGCCGCACUGCUGCGGCGCCUGCUGCUCUGCCAGCAGCAGCAGCAGCAGCAGCAGCAGCGAAGGACCUGCGGCAGCCGGCCAGGCAGGCGAGGAAACGGACGUGGACACCGCAGCGGCUUGUGCCGCUGCUGCAGAAGGUGCAGAGGCGUGGCAGGAGGGGACUCCUCGUCAGGCAGAAUUGCAGCAGCAGCAGAAGCAGCAGCAGCAGCAACAGCGGCAGCAGCAGCCCGCAUGGCUGCUGGUCGCGGGAACAGCAACAGGGCAAAUACUUGUUUCUCAGCCCUGCAUGCCAGCAGCCCAGCCAGCGCAGCCGCAGCAGCAGCAGCAGCAGUGGCGGCGUCAGGAGCAGCAGCAACAGCAGCUGCAGCAGCAGCACGAAGAGCAGCAGUGCUGCAGCCCCGUGGUUGUGGCUUUCGCGGAAAACGACUCCCCGGCAGAGGCAGCAGCAGAAGCAGCUGCUGCUGCUGCAGGGCCUCGCGUGCGAAUGGAGCAGCUUUCAGGGCUGCUGCCGUUCGCUGUGUCUGUGCCCAGAGGCCUCCCCGCUGCAGCAUUAGCGGCACUGCAGCAGCAUGUCGCUGCAGCAGCAAAGGUGCUCGGCUACAGCCCUGAGGCUGCUGCGUCUUGUGCUGCAGCUGCCAGCGCAGCCCAGGCCCAGCUGUUGUGCGUCUUCGACGGCAAACUGCAGCAGCGCCAGCAGCAGCAGCAGCAGCAGCAGCACCCGCACGGCAAACAGCCCCAGGUUCACUUACACGUCAUGGCAGCAGUGGUGCCGCCGCACAGGACCAGCAGCAGCGAUCCCAACCCCAGCAGCACAAGCAGCACCAGCAGCAGCAGCAGCAGCGGGGCGGCGGCCCCGGUGGCUUUCGUUUCCCUGGGAAGGCUCCCUCUGUCCCUCAGCAGCAGACCAACAGCAGCAGCAGUUUGGGAGGGCGAGACCAGCAGCAGUGUCCCUUGCUGCAGCCCAGAGGCUGCUACAGCCACUCAGGAUGGUGCAGCAGCAGCAGCAGCAGCAGCAACACGCCCUGCGUGUGAGUUCUCUGCGACAGAAGCGCUGCUGGCCGUAGGUGACGCUGAGGGAGGUCUUUGGCUUGCUGCUUGGCGGGAGUUGUUGCUGCUGCUGUUGCUGCAGCAAAGCGCGCAGCGCUCAAUAGCCGAGACCCGGGCUUUGUUGGACAUCUGCUGCUGCAGCCACAGCAGCAUUGCGGCUCACGCAGCAGCAGCUGCUGCUGCAGCGACGCCUGCGAGCAACGGCGCCGGGGGAAACGCCGCAGCUCAGCAGCAGCAGCAGCAAAAGAGCAGCAGCAGCAGCAGCUGGGCACUCACUAGCCUGGCCUGGGUCCUGCGGUGGACCCGAGACCCCAAGGGGCAGCUAAGCCGCCCCCAAUUCCUUCUGGGAGCCACCUGUGCGGGAGGUGCUGCUGUUGUGGUUUCAGUUGCUUCUGCUGCGGCGCCGGGGGCGCAGCAGGAAGCUGCUGCAGCAGAGCAGCAGCAGCAGCAGCACCAGCAGCAGGGGAGGCCGGGGGCAGGGGCGGCGCUGCAGCACCUGCGACGUAUCAAACCUGCAGCGACGCCGCUGGCCUGCCUCCGCAGCUGCUCGGGGGCCUCUGUGGAGCAGCAGCAAAGCGGGGGCCAGCUGCUGCGCUGCUGCUGGGUGGAGCAGCUGGUGCCCUACGCGGUGCUGCUGCUGAUAGGGGGAGUCGAGCAAUGCGUCUUUCUAUGGGACCCUCUUCGCCUGCCUCUGUACCCUCCCCCUAGCAAGAAGCCCUCUACAGCAGCAGCAGCAGCAGCACCGAAGGCGGGGCACGCCAAAGCAGCAGCACAGCAGCAGCACGAAGCUGGAACAGCCCCUGCCAGCCAGGCAGCAGGCGCUGCCGCCAGUGGCGACCUGCGUGAGGGGACCCCCGCAACAGCAGCAACAACCACAGCAGCAGCUGCAGCAGCAGCAGCAACGGAAGCAGCUCCCAGCAUAGCCGCCUCAAACACGCCGUCCUCUCCCGCGGCUAAGAGCAGUGCAGCAUGUGGGACAGAAGCGUCUGUUAAAUUGGAAGCAGCUGCAGCAGCAACUGUUAACUUCAGUGAACCUGCUGCUGCUGCUGGGGCAGCUGCUGCUGCAGUAGAGGGAGCCUGCUGCGGUUGUGUCAAUUCAUCCCAAGGGCUGCAGCAGCUGCGGCAGCACUGCAGCAGCCUGAGGGUUGACAGCUUUAGUAAAGCUGCAGUGGAGGCAGCAACUAUGUACGUAGACGGCCAGUUGCUGCAUGGGCAACCAGAGCAGCAGCUGCAGCAGGAGCAGCAGGAGCAGCAGCAGGAGCAGCAGAGCGCGUGGCUGCUGCUGUUCUUGCUGGGGGACAACAGCCAAGCCGCGCGGGCUGCUGCUGCGGCAGCUCUUCCUUGCCUUCUCAGCGGCUCAAAGAAGGAAGACCCCUCCGGCUUUGCUGCUCGCCUCGCGGCCUUGUGGCUUUCGGGGCCCCACGCGGCCCUUGAGCUGCACGGGGAGCUGCCGUGGCAGCAGCAGGAGAUGCAGCAGGAACUUGCAGCCGGGAAGCUCCUUGCGGAAGCCAGUGACAGCAGCAGCAGCAGCAGCAGCAGCAGCAGUUGCUGCUGCUGCUCUUGGUUCUGGCUUGCCGUUGCUGCAGCAAUGGGCCUCCACCCCGCAGCGCGGACUUCGCUAGCUGGCAGCUUCCUUUCUUCAAACAGGUCAUGCAGCUCUCCUCAUAUGCGAGCUGCGCUGCUGCUGGUGUGUGGGUUGGCGGCGGAGGCAGUGGAGGUGUACAUACACUCCAAUUUGGUUUCUUUAGCGCUUCUUUUGGCCCGCCUGCAUUUGCCGCGGGACCACCCGCUGCAGCGCGAGGCCCUAGACUCCUGGCUAGCUGAAGCUGCAGAGCAGCAGCAGCAGCAGCAGCAGCGGAUAGGCCGUUUGCUGCGGCUGGCGCUGCAGCUGGAGAGCCGCUCUUUUGUCAAGUAG